AUGAAAAACUCGUUUGCGUAUUAUUUUACCGUCCGACGUGUUCAAGGAAAACGAGUAGAAUUCGGUUUGUUGUGUUCCUGGGUAUCCGUUUUGUAUUUACAUCAGAACUAUUCACAUUUACUGCAGUUAGCUCGUACCUAUGUAGUACCGAGAGACGAUUUGCACCUGAAACACAAUCACUGUGCUUCGAUAUUAUUUCGAGUUUUUAUUAAAAAGUCGUGUACAAACUUUGAAUAAAAAUGCCGGAAUACCACGUUAUACCGAACGAAGAAGAAGUGAAAAGAUUAAAGAAAGAGUAUGGCUUGACAAAAGAUCAAAUCACUAAAGACGUAGCCACGGUCAGGAGUUGGAUGCUAACACAACCUCAUUUACCGAAGCUUCCAGAAUCAAAAAAUGAUGAAAUAGAUUUUUGGAUCGAAGGAUUUUUACGACUGACGAAAAAUAAUCUGGAAAAAACAAAACUAGGGGUGGAGAGUCAUUUUCGCCUGAAAACGUUGUUUCCACAGGUCUACGAUGUGUGCGAUUUACCGAAUUAUGUGGAAAGUGAUUUGUUUGAAUAUUUGACCAUGGUCAUGUUUCCCAAACACACGCCCGACGGGCUUAAAAUAAUGUAUUACAAUUUCAACGAUAGCAAUUCACAUUUGUUCCGGCCGAUCGAGAUAUACAAGAGAAUGCGUUUGAUGUUGGAUAUCUAUCAGAAGAAAGGCAUCGAUUUUACUGGCAUACACGUUUUGAUCGACACGAGGCACAUUACGUUGUCACACAUAAGUCAGUUUGACUUGUUUCAGCUGAAGAAUCUCAUUAAACACGCACAGAAAGCAUAUCCAUUGCGUCUGAAGCACACUCAUAUUUUGUUCCCGCCAAGUUUUAUUGACGUAGCCAAAAAUAUUUUAAAACCGUUUGUGUCGAAAAAAAUGUUUGCCAGAUUAUCUUUCCACAAGAACCUCGAUACUCUCUGGGAACACAUACCAAGAGAUGUACUUCCCGUCGAAUACGGAGGAUAUUGUGGCAAUUUGGACGUGAUCAGAGAGGAAUGGAAAACGCUGAUAUUGAAGAACAACGAUUGGUUUUUGUCCAACGUAAGUUAUAAAUCAGACGAGUCGAAAAGGCUGAAAAAGAAAAAAUCAUUUUCAUACGAAAAAUUGUCUUUUAAGACUUUGAUUUUGGACUAAAAAUUUGUGAUGGUAAGAAUGCGCCCUGAAAAUCCACCGGAGACUGACACUUACUACUUCGAUGAUUUGCGACAGUUUCAGACCCAUUUUGACCGUCAACCGGUCAGAGUUGUUGCCGACGGGU